UACAAGAAAUUGGCGCCGAAAAUAAUGUUCGAUGACUUCCCGCUGAUCGUUGUUCAUCUCAAACCUUUUACGUGGCUUGUCUACGAUGCUGGACAUCCAACAAAUAUUUAACCUCUAGUAGUUUUGACUCCCCUCGCCGUACAUAGAAAAGCUGAACAACCAUUAUUCAACAAUUUCUGACCAAUGGCGGUCUAUGUUCUCGACCAUUACUACCUCGCUAUAACUGUCCUGGUGACCGCCGCUUAUCAGCUCCUUGGAUUUGCCAUAGCGUGGACUUUUCAAUUUGAUAAGAUCACAGACUUCACUGGAGGAUCGAAUUUCUUCAUCUUAGCUUUACUCACUUUACUCAUUGGAAAUGAGUUUCACGCUCGGAACAUUGUAGCCAGUGUGUUGGUUAUGGUGUGGGCCACACGAAUCGCUGGGUUUCUUCUAUAUCGUGUCCUAAAGACGGGGAGCGACACCCGAUUCGAUGAAAUUAGGUCAAGUUUCCUCAAAUUUUUAGGAUUCUGGCUAGGUCAAAUCAUCUGGGUUUGGACCGUCUCUCUACCCCUCACCAUUUUGAACUCUCCCGCUAUAUCCGACACAACUCGCUCUGGGUCGAACCCCGCCUUUGGUACCUCACGCGAUAUUGCAGGAAUUGUCCUUUGGGUUUUGGGAUGGUUGAUCGAAACUGUGUCCGAUGCCCAGAAGUUCAGAUACAAGAUGGCGAAAGACAAACCAAAAGACAAGCCCGUUCUGACUGGGUUAUGGAAAUGGUCUCGUCAUCCUCCUUAUUUCGGAGAAAUUAUGUGCUGGUGGGGAAUCUGGAUAUUAUGUCUUUCUCCUACAACGAACGGCUCUCUUUCAUCCCAUUCUAAGUCCGCCCAGUAUGGUGCGAUUGUAUCCCCCCUCUUCACUCUUAUUCUGCUUAUGUUCGGAUCUGGCGUACCCACAGCCGAAAAACCUCAGGCAAAAAAGUUUUUCCUUAUGAGCCACGGGGAAAACGCGAAACAAGAACAUGUCCAUGCAUGGUCGAAUUAUAAGGAAUACUUGCGGAGAACAUCCAUCCUCAUCCCCAUUCCUCCAGUCGUUUACAAACCCCUGCCGCGCCUUCUCAAACAGACCUUGCUAUUAGAUUUCCCUAUGUAUCAGUUCGAUCAAGUGAGGGAUGGGGUCGUUGCUGUAGAACAGUCAAGACGGGAAUCCGUGUGAGGGAGUGGCCGAAUGACUUGGAACGGUUAUUAACUUGUAAUUUGUGUGGAUAGGUGUGGAUCAAUCACUUCUGAAAUUGCAUUCCAUAUCCAGUUUAGUCAGUUUCUCCUUCAAAAUUUUAUCCGCUUGUGAAAACUUCAAGAAUCAAAGC